UCCUCAAGAUGUUUUUGAGAACAACUUGUUUCUACUUCCGGAAGCUUCUCGUCAGUUUACUUUGUUUUGCUGCUCCGUGAACUCAGCGGCACCUCCUGCGACCGGCGGCCGACACACGAGCACUGGAGACCGAGCACCGGGGACGGGGAGCCGAGCCGAGCCGGGCCGGGCCGGGUUAACCCGGUUUAACACGAUGAGAAGAUGAAGCUGGUUCUGUGGAUGCUCCUGGUUCUACUGAGUCCGGACGGGACCGGCGGACACGCAGGCGUCUCCUUCACGAAGCACCCGGCCAAUCAGACGCUGACUCAGGGCAACGCGGCGCGGCUGGGCUGUGCCGUGCAGGGCCUCACGGAGCCCGACAUCUCCUGGGUGAAGGACGGAGAGAAGCUCUACAGCUCGGACCAGAUGUUCCUCACCCUGGGGGAGCAGCACUGGGAGACCUACCACAGUGUGAAGUCGGUCCAGCAGCAGGAUGCGGGUCAGUACUGGUGUGAGGUGGAGUUCCACGGUUUGGUGUUCUCCUCUGAACGAGCCUGGAUCACGGUGGAAGGUGUCCCUCACUUCGUCCAGGAGUCUCAGGACGUGUCCACGUUCCCCAACGUCCCCUUCAACCUCACCUGUGCUGCCGUUGGCCCCCCCGAGCCCGUGGAGGUGCUCUGGUGGCUGGGGGGGGUCCAGGAGGGGGGGCCCAGACCGUCCCCCUCCAUCCUCCACAUCCAAGGAGUGAACAACAGUGUGAAGUUUUACUGUGAAGCAAAGAACAACAGAGGAAUCUCUGUCUCUAGAACCGGAACAGUACACAUUAAAGUGCUGCCGGCGGCGCCGGUCAGGCCGCAGGUGAAGAUGGCCGACAACAAUGUCACUUUGUCAUGGAAACCAGGAUUCACAGGGUAUUCUGAGCUGUCCACCUGCAACGUCCAGCUGUCGAGGCGUUCGGUCCGGAGGUGGGACCUCCCUCAGCAGAAGGUCCAGGUUCCUCCACACCUGCAGGUCCUGCCUGGUCUGAGGAGCCACUCCAACUACAGCGCCAGGGUUUCCUGUGUGAACGAGGUGGGGGCGUCGCCCUUCUGCCCCUGGCUGCACUUCCAGACACCUGAGUCAGUACCCUUAGUGGCCCCCAGGAACCUGACCUUUGACCUGACGGAGCAUCAGCUGGCUCUGAAUUGGGCCGGGCUGCAGGAGGAGGAGCUGCAGGGGCGACUGUUGGCCUACAAGGUGCAGUGGACCCUGGGAGGAGAACCACAGGAGCCGCUGCUGUUUAAGGAGAACUCUGCUCAGCUGUCAGGAGGAGGGCGGUUCUUCAACACCUCCUUCAAGGUGUCGGCCUGCACCUCGGUGGGCUGUGGGCCCUGGAGCCCCCCAGUGCUGGUGCUGCCGGCCUCAGUCCAGGUCCAGGUCCAGCGGAGCCACAUGUGGGUUGGCCUGCUGCUGGGUCUGCUGGGGGCCACCGUGGUGGGCCUGCUAAUCGCCGCCGCCGCCCACCGCCGGGACAAAGAGACGCAGUUUGGAUUGGCCUUCAAGCCUCCGGGUGCCGAGAGCUCCGUCUCCUUCACGGCGGCUCGCUCCUUCAACAGGAACUGUGCCGAGCUGCAGGACUCCACCUUGGACAGUCUGGGUAUAAAUGAGGACCUGAAGAACAAACUGCAGGACGUUCUGAUCCCAGAGAGAUUGCUGACCCUGGGACACAUGCUAGGGAAAGGUGAGUUUGGGUCGGUGCGUGAGGCCUUCCUGAAGACGGAGGACUCGUCCGUCCUGAAGGUGGCAGUCAAAGUGCUGAGAGCUGACAUCACGUCCUCAGCUGACAUCGAGCAGUGCCUGAGGGAGGCGGCCUACAUGAAGGACUUCCACCACCCAAACGUCAUCCGGCUCAUCGGAGUGAGUCUCCACCGGCGGCCCGCCCAGCGGCUGCCUGUCCCCAUGGUGGUUCUUCCCUUCAUGAUGCACGGAGACCUGCACACCUUCCUCCUGCUGUCCCGACUCGGAGAACGUCCGUUUGACGUGUCCCUGCAGCCUCUGCUGCGCUUCCUGCUGGACAUCUCUCGGGGGAUGGAGUACCUGAGCAGCCGCAGCAUCGUCCACCGAGACCUGGCGGCCCGGAACUGCAUGCUGGAUGAGACCAUGUGUGUGUGUGUGGCAGACUUCGGGCUGUCCAGGACUCUGUACCGUGGUGAUUACUACCGUCAGGGUUCAGCCUCCAAGCUUCCUGUGAAGUGGAUCGCCCUGGAGAGCCUGGUGGACAACAUGUACACCAGCAUGAGUGAUGUGUGGGCCUUUGGGGUCACCAUGUGGGAGGUCCUGACUAGAGGUCAGACCCCGUACCCCGGAGUGGAGAACAGUGAAGUCUACGAGUACCUGAUCAGAGGAGAGAGACUGAGGAGACCCCCAGACCUCAGGGACGACAUCUAUGAGCUGAUGCACAGCUGCUGGAGUCCGGUCCCCAAGUGUCGGCCCAGCUUCCAACACCUGGUGGCCCAGCUGGAGGCCCUGUGUCAGGGCCCCACCCCCCCAGCCAAGGAGGCCCUGCUCUACGUUAACCUGGAGGAGGGUGGGGAGGGGCAGGAGGAGGAGCAGGAGGAGGCGGCGGGGGGGAGCGUCUCCUGGCAGCGCCGGGCCGAGGACCAGGAGAAGGACUGGCUCAUGGUGGGGUCAGAGGUGGCCCUGGCCAUCGGGGGGGACUACAGGUACAUCGGCCCCCCGGAGGCCCCUGAGGAGGAGGAGGAGGAGGGGGGCGGGGCCACGGAGGCUGAGGACGACCUUGUCAUUAAUGUCUGACCAAUCACUGCCCUCCUCUCACCUGAUUGGACCUCUACAGUCAGCUGGUCAGAGAGGGACCAGAACUAAAGACACCGAUACUGUGUACUGAAGGUACUCUGUGUACUAGUAGUACUCUGUGUGUACUGAAGGUACUCUGUGUACUGACGGUGUGUGACCACACUGAUGAAGACCACGUGACCUUCAUUAGGUCAUGUGACCCCCAGAAGGUUCUCUGGAGGACUUCAGGAGUUUAAGGGAUCCGGUUUGAUUGACAGCUGAUCAGUGAUCAGUUCUGAGGGCUGGUGUUUAACUGGUGUUCUGGUUGACAGCUGAUCAAUGAUCAGUUCUGGGGGCUGGUGUUUAACUGGUGUUCUGGUUGACAGCUGAUCAAUGAUCAGUUCUGGGGGCUUGUGUUCUUCUCUUCCAGGUGUUUGGGUGUUUGAAUGUAUUCCAGUUCUCUGGUGUAAACACAGAGCAUCUUCAUGACUAACCACAGCUAUGACCCCAGCUUAAAGGGAUAUGUCACGUAACUCAGUCAGCUGACAUGGAGACACACACAUGAGGACAUGACCACAUGGAGACAUGACCACAUGAGGACAUGACCACAUGGAGACAUAAAACAGGACAUGAAGACAUGACCACAUGACAACAUGACCACAUGGAGACAUGAGUAUAUGACCACAUGAGACAUAACAUGAAGACAUGACCACAUGGAGACAUGACCACAGGACAUGAAGACAUGACCACAUGACAACAUGACCACAUGGAGACAUGACCACAUGACACGACCACAUGACACGACCACAUGGAGACAUGACCACAGGACAUGAAGACAUGACAACAUGGAGACAUGACCACAUGAGGACAUGAGACACAACCACAUGGAGACAUGAGGACAUGGGGAUAUGACCACAUGGAGACAUGACCACAGGACAUGAAGACAUGACCACAUGGAGACAUGAGGAUAUGACCACAUGGAGACAUGAGGACAUGACCACAUGGAGACAUGACCACAGGACAUGAAGACAUGACCACAUGAGGAUAUGACCACAUGGAGACAUAACCACAGGACAUGAAGACAUGACUACAUGAGGAUAUGACCACAUGGAGACAUAACCACAGGACAUGAAGACAUGACUACAUGGAGACAUGACCACAUGAGACAUAACAUGAAGACAUGACCACAUGAGGAUAUGACCACAUGGAGACAUGACCACAGGACAUGAAGACAUGACUACAUGGAGACAUGAAGACAUGACCACAUGACAACAUGACCACAUGGAGACAUGAGGAUAUGACCACAUGGAGACAUGACCACAGGACAUGAAGACAUGACCACAUGGAGACAUGACCACAGGACAUGAAGACAUGACAACAUGGAGACAUGACCACAUGAGGACAUGAGACACAACCACAUGGAGACACGACCACAUGAGACAUGACCACGUGAGGACACGACCAUAUGAAGACAUGACCACAUGGAGACAUGACGACACGACCAUAUGAAGACAUGGAGACAUGACCACAUGAAGACAUUGAGAAAUGACCACGUGAAGACACGACCAUAUGAAGACAUGACCACAUGAGGACAUGACAACAUGAGACAUUACCACACGAGGACAUGAAGACAUGGAGAAAUGACCACGUGAGGACAUGACCAUAUGAAGAUAUGACCACAUGAAGACACGACCAUAUGAAGACAUGACCACAUGGAGAAAUGACCACGUGAAGACAUGACAUGAGACAUUACCACAUGAGGACAUGGAGAAAUGACCACGUGAGGACACGACCAUAUGGAGACAUGACCACAUGAAGACACAACCAUAUGAAGACAUGACCACAUGAAGACACGACCAUAUGAAGACAUGGAGAAAUGACCACGUGAGGACAUGACCAUAUGAAGACAUGGAGAAAUGACCACAUGAGGACAUGACCACAUGCAGACAUGAAGAUGUGAACACAUGACUAACAUGAAUGGAACCAGGAAGUGUCUGCUGGUGUCCAUUAAUGUAGUUUCUUAAUGAUCAACAGAUUAAUUGUCAAUAAAGUAUUAAUGUGC